AGGGUCUCCUGAGGAGCAGCUUCCCUACAGCCUUCCAACAUGCCCAGCAGAACCGUCCGCUACACCCGCUACAGCCCACAGCAGCGGCGCCGGCGGAUGCUGGCAGAUCGCAGUGUCCACUUCCCAAACGAUGUCCUGUUCUUGGACCACAUCCGCCAGGGUGACCUGGGGCAGGUGGGGCGCUUCAUCCGGGCCCGGAAGGUCGCCCUGGAUACCAUCUACCCCUCGGGCCUGGCCGCCCUGCACGAAGCUGUUCUCUCUGGGAACCUGGAGUGUGUGAAGCUGCUGGUCAAGUACGGGGCUGACAUCCACCAGCGCGACGAGGCUGGCUGGACAGCCCUGCACAUUGCCUGCAGUGACGGGCACCCGGCCAUCGCCAGGUACCUCAUCUCCCUGGGGGCAGACAGAGAUGCGGCCAAUGACGACGGCGACCUGCCCUCCGACCUCAUCGACCCGGACUUCAAGGACCUGGUGGAGCUCUUCAAAGGCACCAAAAUGGACUGAGCCGGCACUGGCACCGGGGCGCCCUCCCUGGAGAAAGGGAGGCGUUUACCUGCCCCGGGUGCCAAGCCCCGGCCCCGGCGCACCCCCUCCGCCCCUGCAGCUCUCUGGCCUGGCUUUGUCUCCAGGUGACUUUUUUACGGUGACACUUUUUACUUUUUCAAUAAACGUGGUUCCCAAGCCCGCGGUGGUG